UUUUAGUUAAAAAUACAAAGACUCAAAUCCGAGGGAAAACCUCCGGAUUUGCAUAUUUUACUUGGAUUUAUAAAUACUAUAUGGAUUUCUAAAUCAAUCAAAAUAUAUAAACCAAUAACACUUUUGAGGUCGUUGUUUAUCUGUUUCCUUUAUACAGAAAAGGGAAGAAAGUACAAAAAACUAAACAUCAUUAAAAAUAUCCAAAUAUAUAUUCAACAAUUUCCCUUUUUAUUGAGAUUGUGUAUAGUUGAUUAUCUUAAUUUUUCCUUAUCUUGGAAUCCUCGGUUUCUAUAUAAACACAUGUAUAGGGGAACUAGAUUUUUCACAAAACAAACUCAAUCACUUCUCCAUAAGAUAUCUACCAAACUUUUCUCUCGACUCUAAAAAUCAAGAAUCAAACAACGAUCAAUUAUGGCUUGGAUCAAUAGCAAACUUUUCUUCACUUCUCUUAUGAUUCUUGUGGCACUUAUUGGGGUUGGAGUAGGAGGAACGGUUCACAAAGUCGGCGACUCGAGCGGAUGGACCAUGAUGGGUGUGGAUUACCAAGCUUGGGCUUCUUCAAGAACUUUUCAAGUAGGAGACUCACUGGUCUUCGAAUACAACAACGAGUUCCACGACGUCACUGAAGUCACUCCCCAUGAUUUCGAGCUAUGCUACUCGUCUAAUCCGUUAGCGAGGUACCAAACUGGAUCAGACACGGUAACUCUAACCAAACCUGGAUUUCAACACUUCAUAUGUGGAGUUCCUGGUCACUGCGACAUAGGACAAAAGCUUCACAUCCUCGUCUUUCCGGCCUCGUUGGGUCCAGUGGCUGCUCCAGUUCCGGGACCAGUCAGAUCACCAAGCUCUUAUAUGUCUCCUUCACCUUCUCCCUUGGCUACUUCACCAACCAAUGCUCCACAAUAUCAGAUGGGACCAUCACCUCUUUGAAGCACUGUUUCUUUUUCAGCUUGUUGGCUUUGAUCUUUUGUUAUAGCAAUCUUGAUGAUACCUUUAAUUUAUUGUAAUGAAUUUGGUUUGCUUUCUUGUAACUCCUUUUCUUCCAACCGAUUUGUUCAUCCAGCUCGAUUUUUUAAAAAGAACAUAAGAGUUACGUAUGAAUCACCAUAUAUUACAAGGUAGCGCUUUUGUUUUUUUUCAAAUAUUGUUAAAGAAAAGAAAACCUAAGAAAUACUAUUAUAUAAAAAGUAUCAGGAUAAAGUGUUUUGGUUCAUCAAAUUUAUGAAAGUGGUGUGUUGUCAUUUAAAUUACAUAUUUAUACGAUAAACUUAUUCAUGACUCGAAUAAGUACGGAAUAAUAAGUGAGCACUUGAUCUAUAUAUUGGACCCAAAAAACAGUUUUAUUAGAUCAUUUAAAAUAAAAGUGCACUUGUCCAAGAAAAUAAAAAUAAUAAAAUGUGAUUUCCUUUUUUUUUACUAAUAUAAAAGUAAACAAUCUUGAAUAUCUUACGGUAUUUCUCCCUGUUCUAAAACUCGGUCGCCCAGCUGAUUUAGCAGCCGAGAAAUCGCUAUAGGUUGAGCAACCGUGGCGAAUUGGAAAUAUGCACUUAGAAAAUCAGGUUUAGAAAGAAAAAAACUACAUUUUUUACUUAUUUGAACCUGUAGAUCUAGUAAUCAACUUUAUGUUUGUGAAGUUUUGGCAAAAACAACAGAAAACAAAGAAAAUUGCUAUAAAACUCGUCAAAAUCUGAUAGCGGUCGCGUUUUUAGAGUUGCAGAACCAGAAACCUAAGAGGAAGAUCAUACGUAAAUGACGGUUUUAUCCUUCAUUAAAAAAAACCUAAAAAAUCCCUUAAAAUGCACUCAUUGGUACUCGAAGUCAGAUUGCUUAGUUAAGGUAAAGAUACUUUACCACUCCACCUCACUAUCAUUACAUGUUAAAAAUAUAUGAUAUAUAACCUAAAACAAAUCGCCGAAUAAUUACCGAUUAAUCCAACGGCAUGCGUAGCGCCUACCGAGUUUCCGAACAGGAGUAUUUCUACAUAUAACUAAUACUAUUCAAGAAAAAUGAAUUUGGACAGCAGAAGAAAUCUAACAAAACUCAAAACUAUAAGAUGACAUGUUUAAAAUAUAACUUUCUAUCUCUUCUCACUCCUAUACCAUUCAGAGAGAGAAAUUUUCAUUUUGGUGAAUCAGAGUUCUUCUGAUU